UAUCGAUGUUGUGUAGCAACUAGUCACGACAGAUCAAUAAACUAGCAGGCUACAAUUGAGCAAUAUUUACUUUUGUACAAUACGGCUUGGCACGUCACGAAGGAUUAACUUGAUUUUGGUUGAAUGCCGAACCACCGAACCAAGCUGAUGUUUCUCUGAACAACGGCUGUGCAAUGGUGAAAUGAUUGCUGCAAUGCACUGCAAAACAUCGGUGAACUUGCAAAGCAAAGACAAUACUAAAAGUAAAACAGUAAACUGGACUCGCAAGAAUCUGGAGCCUGUGUGUGUGCAGUGUGUCUGAAAUAAGGACUCUACAUAAAACUUGAAACAGAAUUUUCUUCAAUUUGGAGUACAAACCAUAUAACACCAUGAGCGAGUGGAGUUUACGCCAAAAACUGCGUGAGUCAGUGAUUGACGCUGUCAACCGAGGUGACCAGACCGAAGUAGAGAUGCUACUAAAUAAAGGAGCUGAUGUGAAUGAAGGUACUGGGGGAUAUCUAGCCAAACAGACGCUACUACUGAUUGCUAUGCAGAAAGGUCAUGUCGAUAUUGCCAAUCUUCUUGUGGACAGGGGAGCUGAUCUUACUGCUACAGUCAUGGUGAAUAAGAGAGAACUGACGGCCCUUGAUAUUGCGAAGGAGAAGGAAUUACUGCCUCUGGUCAGUGUUAUCCAGAAGAAGACGGAAGCAAAUCAGAGGUUACUCUUAGCGGUUCAGGAGGGCAACUCAGACAAAGUGCAGACCGCGCUUAAUACCGGAGCUAACAUCAAUUUGCUGACUAAGGACGGUGACUCUGUGCAGAUGAAUCUAUUACUGAUUGCUCUCAGUCAGGGACAUAUAAACGUGGUCCAGUUGCUAAUACAGAGAGGGAUAGAUCUACAUUACACAGUCACUUUUCCUGACCAAACGGAGCCAGAAUCGGCACGAAGUUUUGCAAAACGACUGAACCACAACAAUGUGGUUGAACUUAUUGACAACGUAAUGGAAAAGAAGGAAACAAAUCAAGAUGAACGCAAAAUGAACGCAAACUCACACGACAACUUUACAGUGGAACCUGUUGCCAAGUCAACGGGAGGAAUUGUAGACAUAGAGGAUGAUGAAGAUGAACAGGUACAAAUGGAAAACAGUUCCGACUUAAGAGACACCAGAAGGCAACCACGAUCCAGUAAUUGUGUUAUAUCUUGAUGUUAGCGAUCUCAGCAGCUAUUUAACAGCCCUCGUUGCAUUUUCCCCUGACUUAUAGGUUUGCCUAAAGACAGUGGACACUAUUGGUAAUUACUCAAAAUAAUUGUUGGCAAAUAAACUUACUUGGUAACGGGCAAU